AGUGCAUUUGACGGCUUACUGGGGAGUUCUGAAAAGAGGAAGAGAAGCCUGUGUAUGUAAGGAAAUGCUGGUAAGGAGAAGAAGUGCAAUAGACAAGGCCAAAUGAAAUGAAAUGAUACCCUAGCGUCGGAAGGAAGACAGGCAGGCAGGCUCUGGAUCAGGUUUGAGCAGCGGUUUGUUGUUCUGGAUUUUUGGUAGAUCCAACGUUUGAAGUCUCAAUUUUAGUAACCCUAGGCUUUGAGGAGCAUUGCGGUCGAGUCCGGUGUGGUGGUUGAAUGGAGCCCUGCAUUUAGGCAGAGGCACGCAGAUCCGGGGCGGGUGGAUCGGUGGCGUCCAGAUGUUGGUGAAUGGGAAGCAGAAUGGAGGAAGCGAUAGAAAUGGUGCAGGCGAAGGACACCAAGGAGCGCAUGGCAGGGGUGGAGAGACUGCAGCAGCUUCUCGAACAUUCGACCAAAGCGCUGAAUGCGACGGAGGUGAGCAAUCUGGUGGAUGCCUCGCUCGCGCUCUUGAAGGACAACAAUUUUCGGGUCAGUCAGGGCGCCCUGCAGGCCUUGGCUUCUGCCGCGGCUUUGUCAGGGGAACAUUUGAAGCUGCAUUUUAAUGCCUUGCUUCCCGCCAUUGUUGAGCGGCUCGGCGACGGGAAGCAGCCCGUGCGCGAUGCGGCUCGUAGGCUGCUGCUCGCUCUCAUGGAGGUUUCAUCACCAACGAUAAUUGUGGAGAGAACAGGGAGCUAUGCUUGGACACACAAGAGUUGGCGAGUUCGUGAAGAGUUUGCUCGAACUGUCGCAAAUGCCAUUAGUCUUUUUGCUGCUACUGAGCUUCCUUUUCAGCGUGUGCUGCUUCCAUCGGUUUUACAAUUACUUGAUGACCCAAACAGCAAUGCCAGGGAAGCAGCUAUAUUAUGUUUUGAGGAAAUGUAUCAGCAUGGAGGACCUCAGUUCCGUGAAGAGCUUCAACGGCAUAGUCUUCGUCCUAGCCAGUUGAAGGAAAUAAAUGCCAGAUUAGAGAAGAUAGAACCAAAGGUGCGGUCAUAUGAUGCAUUGGGUGGCAAUGUUGCAUCUUCAGAAAUAAAGUCAUCUACAAGUCUCCCUGCUAUGGGCAACAAGCGAAACAGUCCAAAGGCAAAGACUGCAGUUCGCGAAGCGUCACUUGCUGGGGAUAAUGAAGUUACUGAGAAGCCUGUUGAUCCUGUGAAAGUAUAUUCUGAGAAAGAGCUAUUGAGGGAAAUAGAUAAGAUUAUUGGGAUGCUGGCAUCAGAGCAGGACUGGUUGGUAAGGAUCACAGCCAUGCAAAGAAUUGAAGGUCUUGUUUUUGGAGGUGCUCCUGAUUAUGCAUGCUUUCCAACACUUCUGAAGCAGCUAGUGGGACCUUUGACAGUUCAACUCUCCGAUCGUCGUUCGAGUAUUGUAAAGCAGGCAUGCCAUUUGUUGAGCCUUUUGUCAAAAGAGCUUUUGGGAGAUUUUGAGGCUUGUGCUGAAUUAUUUAUACCUGCUCUUUUCAAACUUGUUGUCAUAACAGUCCUUGUUAUUGCUGAAUCUGCUGAUAAUUGCAUAAAGACGAUGCUGCGCAACUGUAAAGUUUCACGUAUUCUUCCUCGCAUUGCCGAUACUGCCAAGAAUGAUCGUAAUGCUGUUCUCCGUGCCAGGUGUUGUGAGUAUGCAUUACUGGUCCUAGAAUAUUGGGCUGAUGCUCCUGAAAUACAGCGUGCAGCUGAUCUUUACGAAGACCUUAUAAAGUGCUGUGUAGGGGAUGCCAUAAGUGAGGUUCGAUCAACAGCAAGGAUGUGUUACCGAAUGUUUGCAAAGACAUGGCCAGAGCGCUCUCGACGCCUCUUUUUAAGUUUUGAUCAUACAGUUCAGAGGCUUAUAAAUGAGGAGGAAGGUGGUAUUCAUAAGAGAUAUGCUUCUCCAUCAAUUCGUGACAGGGCUGCACAGCCCUUGCGUAAUCCAGUAACGACAAGCACAAAUAUACAGCCUUUGGCAACAUCAGUGGUUCCAGGAUAUGGAACCUCUGCUAUUGUGGCUAUGGAUCGUAGUGUAAGUUUGUCAUCAGGACCAUCAUUGCCCAUCCAUGGGAGUCUACUAGUGUCACAAAGAAAACAUUCAGAACAAGCUCCUGAAAGAAGCCUUGAAAGUGUUCUUCAAGCUAGUAAACAGCAAGUCAGUGCCAUUGAGAGUAUGUUGAGAGGUUUAGAUUCUUCUGACAAAGGAAGUGGUUCUACAAUUACAAGGCCUUCUUUCAAGGAUCCUGCUAAUGAAGUGGGAGGAAGCUACAGAAGGAUACAAACAUCUAGUUUUCCUAUCCGCAGUGGAGUUGAUCCUCCAUCUUCUCGCGACCCACCAUUUCCUGCUUCUGCUUCUACAAUGGGUCAGACCGCUAAUCGAACAUCUAGCAGUUCUAAUAUGUAUAAAUCUGGUGCCCGUGGUAGUGCUUUAAUUGGUGACUAUCUUGAUGUGACACCUUCUCAAGUUCCUGUUUCUAUGGAUAUUGGCAGAACAUCUUAUCUGGGUGGUGUGAACAAUGAUACAUCGUCUGCACUGACUACAUCCUAUACUGCAAAAAGAGUUCCACUGACAUAUGAGAGGUUGAAUCAGCGAAGUUCUUUUGAAGAGAAUGACAUUAAAGCACCGAGGCGUGUUCUCAGAUUAGAACCACAGAUGGAAAAACUGUAUCUGGAUAAUACCCCUUACAAGGAUACAAGUCACAAGGAUCAACAGUAUAAUUCAAUACCGAAUUUCCAGAGACCACUCCUGCGUAAGUAUGGAACUGGAAGGUCAUCUGCAAGCAAUAGAUUAAGUAUUGAAGAUAACCAUCUACCAGUUGGAGAAAUGUAUAACUAUAUGGAUGGUCUCAUGUCUCUUAGUGAUGCCCUUACAGAGGGACUUAGCGUUAGUGCAGAUUGGUCUGCUAGAGUUGCAGCUUUCAACUACAUAAAGAAACUUCUACAACAAGGGCCUAAAGGUGUCCAGGAUGUGAUACAAAAUUUUGAGAAGAUUAUGAAGUUGUUUUUUCAGCAUUUGGAUGAUCCACAUCAUAAAGUAGCCCAGGCAGCUCUUUCUACACUUACUGAAUUGGUUCCUUCUUGUCGAAAACCAUUUGAUAGUUACCUUGAAAGAAUUCUACCACAUGUCUUUUCACGGCUGGUUGAUCCCAAGGAGGCUAUUAGGCAACUUUGUUCAUCAUUGUUGGAAAUUGUAGGAAAUACUUAUAGUAUUGAUCUAAUUCUUCCUGCAUUGCUGCGAUCACUUGAUGAGCAGCGUUCACCGAAGGCCAAGGUUGCUGUUAUAGAGUUUGCUAUAUCCUCAUUUACAAAAUUAGGAAUGAAUGGGGAGACUUCUACUGGAAGUGGUUCGCUAAAGCUAUGGCUUGCAAAGUUGGCACCACUAGCAAGUGAUAAGAAUACAAAACUCAAGGAGACAGCUGUUACUGGUAUUAUCUCUGUUUAUACUCAUUUUGAUUCAACAUCUGUCCUAAAUUUUAUUCUGGGCCUUUCCAUUGAAGAGCAAAGCACCUUGCGCCGAGCCCUAAAGCAAUAUACACCAAGGAUUGAGGUUGAUCUCAUGAAUUUUUUGCAAAGUAAGAACCAACGAACACGCUCUAAAUCUUUAUAUGACCAAUCUGAUAUUGUUGGGACAUCUUCUGAAGAAGGAUAUUCAGGUACAGGGACAAGGAAAGCUCAGUUUUAUGGAAGAUAUUCCUCUGGAUCAGUUGACAGCGACGGCGGGAGGAAAUGGAGUUCUGUUCAAGAACCAAUGCAGUUUAGCAGCAAUGUUACUAGGGAGACAAUGUCAGAAGAACAACAGAAACAUGUUUAUCAAAACUACGAGUCUUCAAUCAAUCUUGAGGAGGUUCAUUGUUAUGUUAAAACUAAUGAUUCUAGAAAUAGUAUAGAGGCAGCAACAGAAAAAUUGGCAACAUGGAUUGAUGACACACUUCCUCCCAACCUUGAUACAAGGCUUGAAUAUGAGAAUUCUGUUGGGACCCCACGUCGAGAUCCUCGUGGAUUCACAAACAUUGAUACACAGAAAGGAGCCUUAGACACCAAAUUCAGUGCAGAACCACAUCCCGAUGAAGAGUUGAUAAAUGAGACUAUUACACACGAAUCUCUGCAGGAAUCUGGGCCUAGCAUACCUACACUUAUCCACCAGAUGUGCAAUGGUAAUGAUGAAAUAUCUGUGAGAAAGAAACGAGAAGCUCUUCAAAUGUUGGUCGAAGUAUCAAGAACAAAUGAUGCAUCCAUUUGGUCCAAGUACUUCAACCAGAUCUUAACAAGUGUUCUUGAGGUACUUGAUGAUCCUGAUUCUACUGUUAGGGAGCUUGCACUUUCUGUUAUUGUUGAAAUGCUUAAUAAUCAGAAAGAUAUUCUAGAGGAUUCUGUUGAAAUUUUGUUGGAGAAGCUGCUCCAUGCAACGAAAGAUUCAGUUGCAAAGGUUUCCAGUGAAGCAGAUCGGUGUGCAACAACUGUGUUAUCUCAAUAUGAUCCUUAUCGGUGCCUCACAGUUGUGGUACCUCUAUUGGUCAGUGAAGAUGAUAAAACUUUGGUGACUUGCAUCGGCUGUUUAACUAAGCUUGUGGGUCGACUUCCAUCGGAGGAACUUAUGGCUCAGUUACCUUCAUUUUUGCCUGCAUUAUUUGAUGCUUUUGGGAACCAAAGUGCUGAUGUUCGGAAGACAGUCGUUUUCUGUCUAGUGGAUAUAUAUAUUGUCCUUGGAAAAGCAUUUUUACCUUACCUUGGAAGCCUGAGCAGUACCCAACUGCGACUUGUAACAAUUUACGCAAAUAGAAUUUCACAGGCAAGGUCAGGUGCUGCUGUUGACUCAAACCAUGCUUAAAGCUAUAGGUUGUGGUCCAAAAUAUGACAACAGACAAGAAACUGGCGAGAAUGCCUGCCUAAAAGCUGUUGGAACUUAAGAUACUGCAUGCCAAAAAUGUUAUAUUAGAGUGUACCCUAUCACGGUUAGUCCCUUGUAUACUUCUGUGAGGUGAUUCUAUUUGCUACAGAAUUGUUUUGAGUGGAUUAUUUUUUCAGUCUUGUUCAGAAACAACCAGUCAAGGUGUUUCACACCAUGGCUGGUAAUUAGAAGCAAGAUUUUCUUGUUUCUCUGUAAAGUUUUUCAUGUAGAUUAGGAUUCAGCCGCUAUUCAGUGAACAUACUGGUCCUCUUUAAAUAAUUUAUUCUAUAUGUUGGAAUGCUGAGUUUCAUGUAAAGGCUCAUUUGUUCAACUUACUGGUUUUGUGAGUUUGCUCAGGCUGUAACUGAAAUAUAGAAACGACUUUCUGAUAGUCGUGCAAGAUUUUCAUUUCACUUCGAUUGUUCUAGAGAUAUCUCAUGUAGAUCUCUUUAGUCACCUGGUAUGGCAAGUGUGUAUAUUGAUAUCACCAUUCAAGCUGACAUCGUGAUGAGAGUAUUGUAAUGAAGAUGGUUGUUUUUAAGUAAAGUUGGACUAAAUUUAGAUGA